AUGGGCAUCGAAACCAGUAAGCAUGCCAAUGCUUUCCUGCCAAACACUAUGGAUUUCGGUGAACUAGAGAACAUGCUACAAGAGCCAAGUGCCACACCAGUUUGCCUGCCGGUAGAGUUUCUGAAAGGCAUCACACGCGAUUUUUCCGUGGAGCAGGAACUGGGAAGAGGUGGGUUUGGUGUGGUUUACAAGGGGAUACUUCAAAACGGGAAAAUGAUUGCCGUGAAGAAGCUUUUCGACAUACAAGUAGAGGAUGAUCAAUUCCAGAACGAGGUCACCUACCUUAUUGGGGUUAAGCACCAAAACGUAGUACAGCUUGUAGGCUACUGCGCCGAAUCACGGUGGGAAGCGGCACAAGUAGGCGGGAGAUAUGUCAUGGCUGAGAUACGGAGCAGAUUGCUCUGCUUCGAGUAUCUAAACAACAACAGCCUUGCUAAGCAUAUUUCUGCUGAAUCUUGUGGACUUGAGUGGCACAUAAGAUGUAACAUAAUUAAGGGGGUUUGCAGCGGCUUGCAUUGCCUUCACGCGGAGUGCCGCAUUGUUCAUUUGGAUCUUAAGCCCCAAAAUAUAUUGCUGGAUGAUAAUAUGGUCCCCAAGCUUGCAGAUUUUGGCAUGUCUAGGCUCUUUGGCCAACAAGAGUCUCGAGUUAUCACCGAAAGCCGUGGGGGUACACUUGGAUACAUGGCACCAGAGUACAUAACAAAUGGAGUAAUCUCAACCAAGUCAGAUAUAUUCAGUUUGGGCAUUAUAAUCAUUGAGCUAAUGACGGGAAGCAGAGAAUAUCCCCAUAGUAGUGAAGCACCGUCUGAGCACUUCAUUGAGAAUGUGGUUGGAAAUUGGAGGCACAUAUUGGAAAAAACAAUGGGGCAUAAAACGCAGGAAAUAUGUUCCCAACAAGUAAACAGAUGCAUUGCAUUAGGACUUAAGUGUCUUAAUCCAGAUCCCGAUGAAAGGCCCUCUGCAUGGGAUAUGUUGCAAACUCUGAAUGAAUUGGAAAGCACAAAUGGUUGUUUUGACAAGAAUGAUGGACCAGCAGUAGUAACUUACGAAUCAGAAAAAGACACAAUUUUAGGGCGGGGCGAUGUAAAUUCCAGCAAUUUAGCCGCAAAAUUCGACAGGAUAUUGAGUAGAGCAUUCGCCCCAGGUUCUGCAAAUAUGAGCGCCGUUUUCCGCUCUGCUCCCAAAGGAAGAAGGAUAUUGAUCCAAGCUUUUGAGGUUGCCAACACAAUUGUCAUGGCCUCUAAUCUGAUAAAAUCCCUCUCUAAGCAAAGAAUAAGGCACCUGAAAGAGGGCGUGCUUAGGUCGGAAGGUGUUCGCUGUCUUAUUUCGGAAGAUUACAGUCAGCUGUCCCUUAUCAUUGAAGACGACAUACGAGAAGAGUUGAGACGAUUUUGUAUAGAGGUUGCCCGGUUUGGAGAUCUGUGUGAAGAUCCUCAAUGGCACAAUCUCGAUAGGUAUUUCUGUAGAUGCGGUUCUGCACUGACAGUGACAUCUAAGAACAACUCCAGUGAAGAAGCACCUCCCAGUUUGCAGUAUCUGAUAAAAUUGGCACAAAAUACAUGGGUUCUGCGCCAAGAAAUGCUAGCACUGGACAGACUUGAGCACGCUCAUUAUUUAGCAGCUGUUCCUGUUAAGAAACAAAUUGAUGCUAUCAAGAGCCAAAGGGGUGCGGUGAAGGUCUUAAAAAGGAAAUCGCUAUGGUCGAAGAUUAUGGAAGAUAUUGUAGAGAAACUUGUAGGGAUCGUGGACUUCAUCCAUCUUGAGAUCAACAGAGCUUUCUUGGAGAACCAUGCCGAGCAAUCAUCUGGAGAACUUCGUGUGGCUAAAAACCUCGCCAGAACGUUAGGGCCUGCUGGACUCGCGUUGCAUUACGCCAAUGUCAUUUUGCAGCUAAAAACUUUGGCAUUGACAUCACCAGCGGUUCCUCAGAAUGCUCGGGAGGCAUUGUACCAAGCACUGCCUCCUCGGAUCAAACCAGUCUUGCAUACCCAACUGCGGCGGCGUUUUCCCCUCGGAGAAAAGCAGACCAUGACGGUAGCAGAGGUGAGAGCUGAAAUGGACAGGGUAUUGCGAUGGCUUGUGCCAGCUGCGGAAUCCACGAGGCUUUACCUCGGAGAAUGGGCGAGGAGAGGGACGGAGUGUGUUGAUGUCGACGAAGCGAACUGGUUCGAACGAGACAGUCGUAUCAGUGUCGGUUCCAUGCUCGCGCAUGCAGACGCCAAAGUGACCAAGGUCGAGACGCUGUACUACGCCGACAAGGAGACGACCGAAGGUUACAUAGCUGAGCUUGUUCUGGCUCUUCAUCUUCUUGUUUCGCCUACUGUCGAGAAAUAA